CCUAUAGCUGUCUACUUCCUGUUUGGAGUCAUCCCUGAGAGCACCAUGUGUGCCAUGCGGAUGGAGGAUGCUAUCGGCCAGGUUGUGCUGCCUGGAGAUGUUCUGCUGCUCCCUGGCCAGUCUCAGGAUGCCCCUCUGUCCUUGUCCGGGGCCCCCCAAGUUGCCAGGGUUAAGGUGGUGUGUGGCCCCGGACUCCUGAGGCGAGGUGAUGAUCUACAGGUCAGCAAGUGUGGGCUGCUGAGACACAAGGAGCCUUCCGUCUACUGGGUGGACUCUCAGCAGAAAAGGGUACACAUCCUUCCACUAAUUAUAUACCAGGAAGAACUGGCAUGCACUGGGUGUGUAGCUGGUGUGUGCACAGCUACCAUCAAGUUUAAAAUCCAACAUUCCGACCCAUGUUCUGUAAUAGGAACGACAGAAGCCUUAGAGAUUACCUUGUUACACUCUGUGUGUCUCAAUUAUCACUUAAUAUUAACACCUAUAUAAUCUAAUCACACUCCCUCAACACCAUCACUAACGUUAACUCACUACACAAUCUCUAUCUACACUAAUCCUAACCAACUCUUACGUAACAUAACCACUACAAUCCAUAAUACUUAUAAUAACACAAAUCUUAACCUGAAAGUACAAUGUUAUAUAAAAAAAAAAUGUAAAUCUAAAGUGGGAAAAUGCCAAUGAGCAGUGAUCUAAUGGUAUGAUUUUCCCCUUCAUACACAGUCAUGGGUCUUUCUCAAUCUCCCUGAAAUGCUUUGACAUUGAGGAUAUUACUUGACCAGGAUGAUAAGUGAAUACAACCCAUUUUAAGAGUUAGAGUAAUAGUUUUAUUUAAAUAAAAAAAGACACAAGGACAUACUAGGCACCAUAAUCACGAUAGCAUGCAGUAGUAAUAAUGGUGUUAGAGUUUGUGGGCACUCUCCCGAGGUAAUCUGUCAAAUUGUUCAGUUUGACACUUCCCUUGUUGUGCUGGAAAUUCCAUAAACCAGUAGAAUGAAAAAUUUUUAUUUUAGUCAGAUGGUAUCAGGAGACAAUGAAUUUCUAUGGCAAAACAUUGAAAUGGCUGAGAUUAUCAACAUUUACCUGUGUGUAUUGUUUUUAAUUUAAUGGCAGCGCUGGCCUUGUCACCUAAACGGUGACUAGAGCACUAUUGCGUCCCUUUAAGAGCUGAACAUUUUAAGAAUUAUUCUAUCAAAUUAAUUUUGUAAUUUUUUUUAAUUUUUUUUUAGUAUGUACCCGUGAAGGGUGACCAUGUCAUUGGCAUUGUAACUGCGAAAUCUGGAGAUGUAUUCAAGCUGGACAUUGGAGCUAGUGAGCAAGCUUCGUUGUCUUUCAUGGCAUUUGAAGGUGCAACUAAAAAAAACAGACCAAAUGUAAAGGUAGGUUUAUUUUUAGAGGACUGCAGUCAUACUUCAAAUUGAAAUUCUUGUUAAAUAUUUUCCCCAUAUAAAAUUGAACAAAUGGUGCAGCAAAGUAAGUAAUGCUCUGUUCUUUUCUAACUCGCGGUCAUCUCCCCUUGAAUUCCUUUUCUUGCUCUCUAUGCUCUAGUCCUGUCCUCUUCCUUUAAGUUUUAAUCUGCUGUAGACUUCCUUUUCUCCCUCUCAUUACCUUGUUCUCCAUCCCGACAGUGUAGCAAGGUACAAAGUAGCCUUUCGCCGAGAAACACAUCAGAGUGUCAAGUAAAGACUUGUGGGGGGUGGGCAAGGUACAAUACAUUGUAUUCCUGGCACUGUAGUAUCCCUUUAAAUAGAAUGAUCUGACUUUCACUUUAAAUGUGAUAUGGAAAAAAAAUAAAAAUGAACUCUUAAAAGAAUACUACAAGCACUAUAGCCUGCUUUACUGUAGUCAAACGGUCUAAGAAUGAUUUGUCAACGUUCCUGGGGACUACAGAGCUCCCGCCACCUCCUCUACAGCCAGUAGCUCUGCUACUGAGGUAAGGUCAGCAUUGCUUGUGUCCCAGCCAACUUAAAUUAGACAUUAACUUUAAUCUUUCACUUUAGUAAAUAACCAUGAAUGAGUGUAUACAGUUUUAUCAUACUUCUAAUUAUAAUACUAUCAUUUUGCUUUGUAGGUUGGAGAUCUUGUUUAUGGACAGUUCAUUGUUGCAAAUAAAGACAUGGAGCCAGAAAUGGCCUGCAUAGACAGUUCUGGAAAAGCAAAUGGAAUGGGUGUUUUUGGACAAGAUGGAUUUAUGUUUAAAGUGUCGUUGGGUCUCGUAAGAAAGUAAAUACAAUUUUUUUUUUUUUUUUCAUUUAAGGAUUAGAGGAAUCUACAUAAUGCUUACAGUGUAUAUUAGACCAUAAUUACCCCUAUACAGUCUAGUGGCUGGAGUAUAUGUAAAUGUAAUUAAUGGCAUGGUGAUAAAUAAUUGACCGUGGUAUAGUAGUAGUUCUCCACAAAUUACAUGCAGGUUUAUUCACGAACACUAAUGAAAUAGCCAAGCUAUGAUCAUGGAGUUAGAAAAUGUUAGCUGUGAGCUAUGGGAUUCUGAAUGCAUCUGUAUAAUUUGUGCAGUGCUAAAUUACAUCAAUUGUGGAAAAAGUCAAAACACUCCAGGCAACUAGCAUUGUAAAAAGCAAACACCACAUGUUUACCAAGAAACCAUACAAAAGCAAGGGAAAAUAAAAUGCAUUGUAGAAUGAGUGGAAAAUCCACACAGGAAUGUGCUUUUGGUUAAUAAUUGACACAGAUCCACAGCUAGGCAAUUUGUUGCAGCUCUUCACUUUUAAGCCUUACACCCCUCUCUGCAAUCAAAUCAUCAAUAAAGAAAGAAGGGGAUUGCGGUAAAGAUUUAAGGCACUAGUCAAUAGUUUAAAAAAAAAAAAAAAAAAUACAAUGUAUAGUCUUACUCCACCACUAAACUAUCCUCUUCUGGGAUUUAGGAAAAAGAAAAUACCAGUAAGAGUAAAAAUGUAUUUUGUGUGAAAGGCAAAGAUUAAAUAAUUGUAUUUUAACUUUUUUUUUUUUUUUUUACAGGCUGCUAACACCACAGAACGACAUUAUUCAGGAGCUAAUGAACGUUUACCCAUUGGAAAUAGUUAUUGGGAUGAAUGGUAGGAUAUGGACAAAGGCGAAAACCAUCCAACAGACAUUAAUUAUUGCUAAUUUACUAGAGGCUUGUGAAUACUUAACAGCUGCACAGAGGAAGCAUGUCUUUGCACAAUUUGCUGACGGCAUGUAAAUGAGUCUAUGUACAGACCUAGUUUUAUCACUUAAUUCAGAACAAAAGUGCUAUUCAGGUUCCCGGUCACGAAAUGACAAGCUGAUUUGGGCUGUUCUUUUAAAAAUCUUUGCAGCCUAGAGCAGUUUAAAUGUAAAACAGCUUAUUGUAUAUGAUUGUCAUUGUUGUUCCAUCCACCUGACAUUUAUACCUAUUCUUGGAGAAAGCAUUUAGAAAAACUUGACCGAUGUUAGUCACUAAGCUCCAAAAUGUAGAGAACUAAAAUCUGCAUGUCAGAAUUCUCCAUUUCAGCUAAAGUUACUGCUUGGCCAUUUUUAUCUAAAUUUAGCACUUUGGAUUUCAGUUUGUGGCAUUCAGAAUAAUCGUGUUUACAUUUGCUCAAUUCUGUUUCUUUUAAAAUACGGAUUGUAACAGUGUUUUAUAAAAUCCUAUAUUUUUUUCAUUGCUUGGUACUGAUUUUUUAUUUAUAUAUAUAUAUAUAUAUAUAUAUAUAUA